UCUGUGUGGAUUUUGUUGGUUUUUGCCGGUUGCUGCUGUCGUCGUGGCUGCGACUCCAGGCGGCACUUUUCGUUUACGUGGUGGCCCAUGAAGUUCGGUGCGCUCCGUUUCGUCUCGCUGUAUCCUCCCCCCACACCCGCAGCAUGUGAGAAAAAACUGGGCAAAGAAAAGAAAAAAGAAACCAAUCAAAAAACCAAAAGACUGCCCUGCAAAAACACUACAACCGUAAUUAUUUAAAUAGUAAUAUUAGUAAAUAGUUAGAAGUGUGCGCGCGCGCGUGUAACAGUUAUGUGAUAUCUACAACAAAAACAACAACAAAAACAACAACAACAACAACAACAACAGCAACAACAACAACAACAACAAAACCCCAACCAACAAACCAACAACACGAAUGAGUAAUUUUUGUAACUGCUGACGUCACACACCGCACGCCCCGUCUGUCGCCAUCGUAGUAAAAAUUUCCCACACUCUCCAAACCCACCCACUCACGCACUCGCUCGCACACACACCCGGAACAAACACCCCCGCAUCGUACACAUGUUGAGAAGGAACAUUUUUGCGCAUUAGAAGAGGUGGAAGAGAGAGGAGAGUGUGGAGUGUGGAGUGCUGAGUGCAGAGAAGAGUGAAGGUGGAGCAGAAAGAAGAACCGUACCAGAGUGACGGAAGAGAAAGAAAGAUCAUCAGCAGCACGAAGAAAAACUGCAAAUAUGUAUAUGAAACGUGUGUGAUAUUCAAUGGGAAAGAAGAGGAAGCAGAGCGGCAAAGCAGUGGUAGCGGAAGAAGUGCUGCCAGCGACAACGUAGGCAGGCAGCAGAGGUGAGAGCAGCAGACCGGCAUUGGUGGUGUUGUGUGUGAUAUAUAAAAAACCGAAAUAUGUGAAACGGCGAAAGGAAAGGAGAAAGCAGAAAUCAACGGAAGCAAACAAAAUAAAACCAAUAGAAAAGGACGAAAAUAAGUCUGUCCAAAAAUUCCAAUUUAUAGAUGUGAAGAAUCCCUAGGUGCUAAUUUAGUUGAUAAGAGCAAAAGAAGCAGAGAGAGAGAGAGAAAGAUAACAUACACACACACACAUAGAGUACAAUAUUAACACUGCUAUCAACGCCAAGUAAAUUUCAAACUGGGUGGCAACCUUUUGUUCGAGCGGGCACCCAAAAGUAUGCAACAGGAAAACCCCAGCCACGACUAAAGAGAGAGAGAGAGAGAGAGAGCGAGAGCGAGAGCGGUUAUUAUUUCUUCUUUCCCCUGCGGAUAACUGCAGCCGAAAUGUCCAAAUAUUUCGUGCCUGUUGUACCAAACAGCAGCAGCACAAACGGAAACAACAGCAACGGCAACACCACACAGCGGCAACAACAGCAUUAUGGUACAGGUGCCAUCAGCACAGGUCACACUUUUGUGGCACGAAAACUCAACUAUGACAUAUUGGGGGGAAGCGGCGGCACAAACCACAACAACAACAAUAUUGUGAUCAAAAGCGAAAUGCUGGAUCUGGACUACGACCAUGGCUUAAGCAGCAGCGACAGCAACAGCAACAGCAAUAGCAACAGCAACAGCAACAGUGGAGUGGCCGCACACCUGAGGGAUCAUGUGUACAUCAGUCUGGACAAGAUACCCGCAACAGUGGUCAAUGCCCAACAGCAGCAGCUGCCACAGCAACAGCAACGGGGUGGCAGUGUGACCAGUAAAUCGAAUGAUAUCACCAAGUACUACAAGGUCAAGCGCCGGCCGCAGCCCGUCACCGAUGAGAUACAUCCGAAGAAGCAAGCGAAGCAGGGCCUUCUGCAUCAGACUGUUGGCUAUCAGAAGCAUGCUGUGGCCAACAGUACGCCCCAGCAUCAGGAGCAACAGCCACAGCAUCCACAGCACCGCCGCCACCACCAGCAUCACGAGCACGAGCUAGAUAUAGAGGAUGAUGUGUCGGAGAGAAGCGGCGGCAAGCCGUCGGCUACGCAACAUUCGUUUGUGCUGACAACGCCCCAACAGCAGCUGUCCGCCUCAGCAAGCAGCUCAUCGGCCGGCGAUCGCAAUCGGGCCGAUACCUCGUUGGGUAUAUUGACCAAAAAGUUUGUCGAUCUGCUGCAGGAAUCGCCCGACGGCGUUGUCGAUCUGAACGAGGCCUCCAACCGUCUGCGCGUGCAGAAGCGUCGCAUCUACGAUAUCACCAACGUGCUCGAGGGCAUCAAUAUAUUGGAGAAGAAGUCCAAGAACAACAUCCAAUGGCGGGGCGGACAAUCGAUGGUCAGCCAAGAGCGCUCGAGGCGCAUAGAGGCCGAAUCCGAGCGUCUGGAGCAUCGGGAGAACGAGCUCAAUAUGCGCCUAGAUCAGAUGCGGGACGAGCUGGCGAAAAUCUCCAAGGAAGUGGAGAAUGCCGGCGGCAUGGCAUAUGUGACGCAAAACGAUCUAUUGAACGUGGAUCUGUUCAAAGAUCAGAUUGUGAUUGUAAUCAAGGCGCCACCAGAGGCCAAGCUUGUGUUGCCCAACACAAAGUUGCCGCGUGAGAUUUACGUGAAGGCCGAGAACGGGGAGAUCAAUGUCUUCCUCUGCCAUGACAAUUCGCCGGAGAAUUCGCCAAUCUCCUCGGGCGCUGGUUAUUUCGGGGCACCGGGUGCCGGAUGUGUGCGUACCGCAACAUCGACACGACUGCACCAUCUGACCGGCCAGCGAAUGAACGAUCCGCUCUUCAACAAUAUAGAUGCAAUAAGCACGAAGGGGUUAGGUCCCACACCAUAUCGCUCGGCCCAGCGUAACCUCAGCAAAUCGAUUGAGGCCGCCGCCGCUGCACAGCAAUCCUCCCAGCCUGAAUAUAAUAACAUUUGUGAUAUUGCGAUGGCCCAGCAGCAGCAGCAGCAUCAUCCUCAGAACCAGCAAACCGAAGACGAUGAUGUGGAAGCGGAGCUUCAACAGCUGGUGCCUACGCUCACCCAUCCGGUGGUGCGCAGCCAUCCGUACGGCCAGCAACAGCUUCACCAUCAGCUGCAUAACUCCAUCCAGCAGCUGUAUAGCAGCUUAACCGAAUCCUCUCCCACCACGCCCACGACAAGGCGUCGGGCGGCAGCAGAAGCUGCAAUUGCCGCGGGACAUCCCACAGCAACAACCACAGCAACCACUACGCUUAAUAGUCAUAACAGCAGCAGUUCCCAACCUCCCACAAUAGGCUACGGCAGCAGGAGCAGUCAGCCACCUCCUCCACCUCCACCGCACCACCAUCAUCAGCAACAGCAGCAGCAACGACGUAGCGAUGUGCCUAUGUAUAAUUGUGCAAUGGAAGAUGCCGCCACCACAACAGAAACAGCAGCAGCCACAAACCGAGAUGCAGCGACAGCAUCAUCAUCUUCCUCCUCCUCCUCCCUGCAUAUGCAGUUCGCGGCAGUGGCUGGGAACGAGGGGAGCCACAGCGGCAGCGGCAGCGGCAGCGGCAGCUAUGGCGGCAACCUGUCCGGCGCUGGCGCCAGUGCGGAUCAUCAACAGCUAUACAUCCAAAAUCGCCAUAACCUGCCUCUGCCGCUCAGUAUGGGUGACUGCGAUGCGAGCAACAACAGUAGCAAUGUUACGCUUCAGGGCCUCGAUGCUUUCUUCAAUGAAAUGGGCCCGGACUACUUCAGCCAUGAUAUGGCCUUUGUGUCCAUCAAUCCGCCGGAUGAUAAUGAGUAUCCGUAUGCGCUCAAUGCAAACGAGGGUAUCGAUCGUCUGUUUGACUUCGGUUCCGAACCCUACGAACCCUAAGAGGAGACACAUCCCCACACACACACACAAACACACAUAUAUAUCAUAAAAUAUAUAUACAAAAUUCUGGGAUUCUGGGGGUGUUUAUAAUUUAAAAUUAUAUACAAAAAAUGGCAAACAAAAGAAAAAAGCAGAAACAAAACCAGCACAUUACAAAUUUAUUAAUAAAUUAUAUAAAUUGCAAAAACUACAAAACACAAAAAAAAACAAAAUAUAUAAGAGAAAACAAAAAUCAGCAAACUUAAUGAAACUAAGUUGUGUGUAAAGUUUUAAGCGUAAAGUUAUACAUUUAAAUUUAUAACCCAAAACUAAUUUAAGCAAAAAAAACCUACUCUACGAAGAAAACUCAGCCUCACAAAAGAAAAAUAAGCAAACAUUUUAUAAAAACCAACAUUUCAAUUUUAGCCUUUAAAAAAAUAUGCAAGAAGGAGAAUCAGGAAUAAGCGGUAUAAGAAUAGGCAACACGAUAUACACGUUUAUAUAAGUUCGAAUACUUCCUACUCUCAUCCAGGAACCUAUUUCGGACUAGAACUGUCUGUAAAUUACUAAAAACACACACACAUAAUUUUUAAAAAGAAAACAAACCUAGUAAUAUAUAUAAAAUCUAUAUAUAUAUAUAUAGAACCUAAACAAUAAAAUGAAAAUCAAUUUCAAAUUGUAAAAAAAAUACGAAUGUUGAAAUUUGCUUCAAAAUUUCCAACAGAGCAAGAAGAUAAAGAAGACACACAACUUGGGCCCCACUUCUCUCUGAAAAACUCCCCCUUAAAACAGUUUUUAGUUACGCAUGAAACCCCCUUCUCUCUACUCAGCCGUUGUCUCUUCUGUAAUUUAUUCAUUGGCCUGCAUGGAUUGAUUUUUAAAUUAUUAUUAUUAAAGCUAAAACUAUUGUACCAUAAUAAUUUGUUAUUGUUAUACAAUUUAAGCUAUAAACACACCAACACACAACACAACAUGGGCCCAAUAGCAGUUUGUUCAUACUAGAAGCCAAAUCAUCCCACAAGCAAACCACUUAACAGAGUCAACUACAAGUACAUAAAUACCUAUUUUACCUAUUUAAACUCUCGCCUAGAAGUUAAACUAAACCAUUAAAAGCAACAAAAAACCAACAAAUCAUAAAAUUGUAUAAAGAAGCAACAACAAAUAAACACGGAAAGAGAAACCCAACAGAAAAAA